AUCGCACGCAUGUACACGCUUAUCAUUCUACUCGCCCAAUGACACUGAAAAUAUUAAUAAAUAAUGAUACCGGAUCAGUAAAAGUGCGCGGCGCGAUAUUUCGAGGCAUGGUAUACAAGCGAAAACAAGUCAGGCUGAAACCGUAUCGAUACUUCUGAGAGAAGAGGUGAUUUCAAGAGAAAUCAAGUACAUUGUAUCAAUUGAAGUUUACAACACGGAAUUUUCAGCGCGGUAAAAUCUGCACGCGCCCCACGUCGAUUGGAAAACGUCAGGAAUUGCCGGGCGAUGUUUUAUCUGGACGGAAGAGACGGCACCGCCGCCAAGUACGACUCGUCGUCACCCAACGGCGAGGAGAAUUUCGGCUGGUGGUUGAACGAUCGGGAGAUCACAAUGUCGUCUAAAUCGCGGCAUGUCAGAGAUCAUCGAUCGCUCGGAUCGUCCAUGUCGAUCCUUUCUUGCAUGGACUCCGAUGAUUCGGAUAGCUGCAGCUUCGCGCGGGAUGUGUCGUGGCAAGAACAGAAAGGCGAAAUCAGUGAAAAAAUCGAACUAAUCUCGUUCACUCAGAAUGAUCUCGAUAUUGAUCUGAUCGAGAGGGAUGCUAGGGAAACGAGCAGCCCACCCACGAUUGUAAUCAGCAGCGAGCGCAACGUCAAGAAAGAAUGCAUCACUCCCAUCUGCUACACCCCAGAGAGAUUGAUCAGAUCUCAGGAAUACCAGAUACUCAUACCAUCCCCUCGCUGCUUUACCUUCUCCCAGGCGAGAUUCACGACAGAGAACGAGAGCAGAGAAUGGAAGUCCCGCCGUUGCCGAAAACAGUUGAGUCGUCUCAUCGAUUCCAAGCAAAUCGAUACAACGACGCAGCUGAGAACACUUCUGAACUUACCAAGCACGAAUGUGAGGACAUGCGCGAUUUCCUCGCCCAUUUCCGAGCGUCGACAAUGGGCCACCGAUGAUUUUAACGCAUCAAUGAAGUCGAACAAUGAUUCUUCGACCGACGCAGACUGCGGUGUGCGAAGUAUGAAGACCGGUGACAGCAGCAGAUCGAGUUACAACAGACUGAACUCCACCUGGGACGACUGCAAGGGUUCGACCACCAGGCCACCCUCCCUGGAGGACACUUCCGGUAUACAGAGUUACGAUUGGAGCUUGGAGACCCAGAGCGACGCGCAAAACACGCCGAUGUGUCUCUGCGAUGAGCUGGCGAUUGCGUCGAAAGAGCGCACCGCGAAUUUUGCAAACGAUCGAAGUACCGCUAUCAAUGAAGUAGUAUCUAUCCUCGAAGGUCUUCGGAGCGAUCCCAGGAAAGCAACUGUUCUCUUGGAGGAGGAGGAUCGAUUUUGCAGUAGCACGUCCUCUCACGACCAAUUAACCAGACUGGCUCUGACCAUCGAGACAGACGUGGAAGCGCCGGCGGUUCCCGACGAUCCGAAUAAUUGGAUACGCCAUCUCCGCGAUAGAAUAGAACGGUUGCAACUCGCCAAUAAAGAGAUCCACGGGGACAUACGCGGUUUACGUACAAAGUUUCAGUGCGACGAAAAGAAGGCGAUCAAUUUAUCAAGUGAUACAACGAGGUUACUAGAAGAUGUUCACGACUUGAGAUAUUUCGAUGAUCUGGUGAAGCUCUUAGAAGGGGACCUCGAAAGAAUUUCCAGAAGAAAUUGGCCAUUUAUUCUGGGAAACAGCAAGCCUCAUGAAGAGAUGAAUCUAAUCAUUUGAUUAUGAUCUCAAAGAUCGUUGUAGAUCUCAAAGUUCAUGAUUAUGAUCUCAAAGAUAGUUGCGAAUGAUCGGCGUGCAGGAUAAAAGGAUUUUCUUCAGGAAGAGGAUCUCCUGAGUUCGAUGUUCAUAAAGGAAAAGUACCUCUUCUCUCUUGGCUCAGUGACUUAAAUAUUUUCAGAAAUUACAAAUUCGGAAUUAAUUAAAACGAUACGUAGUAUGAGAUACUUUUUGAAGAUUACCACGUCGCGUGAGUAAUCUCCAAAAAUAAUCGCAAUUAUAGUUAGCACAAAAAAUUGGACUAUAAAUUUUGCGACUAUAAAUUUAU